AUGGAAGGGAGCGCGGAAUCAGAGAACUCUUCCUACUUCUCCUCAUGGGACUGGAAGACUGGGCCUCUGGAGCUGAGCCAGAGCUCCUCUCCCCAGAGCAUCUCUCCAUCCCCUUCCUUCGAAUCCUAUGCAUCCUCGCCUUGUCCCCUUGUGAUGGAGAUGCCCUGUGCCAGCAGCAGCAGCAGCGACAGCAGCAACAGGAGCUAUAACCUGAUGGACUUUCCUCCUGUCUAUCUCCCAGGCCCUGGCCAGGGCAAAGCCCUCGCCAAGGGCUCCAAAGUCAGGAUGUCCGUUCAGCGCCGGAGAAAGGCCAGCGAAAGGGAGAAGCUGAGGAUGAGGACAUUGGCUGAAGCGUUGCACACUCUUCGCAACUACCUGCCUCCCGUCUACAGCCAAAGGGGUCAGCCUCUCACCAAGAUACAGACGCUGAAAUACACCAUCAAGUACAUCAGCGAGCUCACAGACCUGCUGAACAGCGUCAAGCAAGUAUAG